AUGUUAAGGAGAACCAUGACUGCACUUCCGUCUGUUACCCGCUUAUCCGUUGCACCCAUGAUGGACUGGACGGACCGCCAUUAUCGCUUCAUGAUGCGCAUGAUCACGAAAGAGACGCUGCUGUACACCGAAAUGAUAGUGGACCAAACCUUGCUGCAUCAGAAAGAGAACCUCGAUUACUUCUUAGGCCAUGAUCCCAUCGAAGCUCCACUAGCACUGCAGCUAGGCGGCAACAGUGUCGAACAUCUCAGUGCUGCAGCACAUCUGAGCCAGUCAUACGGCGGCUUCUGUGAGAUCGAUCUGAACACUGGAUGCCCUAGUGCACUAGUAGCGAGCCGCUGUUUUGGAGCACGCCUGAUGAUGGAGCCUGAUCGAGUGCGGGAGAUUUGUGUCGGUAUGCGGCACAGUAUCGCAUUGGCAGCAGAGGCCAAUCCAGAUCAAAUGCCAGCAGAGGUGACGGUAAAGUGCCGCAUCGGCGUUGAUGAUUGCGACAGCUACGAGGAGUUGCAUCGCUACAUUGCCUCUGUCGCCAGAGCUGGUGUGCGACACUUUAUUGUACAUGCGCGCAAGUGUUUCCUGAAAGGGUUGAGCACGAAGGACAAUCGCACCAUUCCUCCGCUUCGCUACGAGGUCGUCUACCAGCUCAAGCAAGACUUUCCCGAGUUGCUUUUCACGCUUAAUGGCGGUGUACAGAGCAUCCAGCACGCUCGGGAACUUCUGGACACUACAAACGUGGACGGUGUUAUGAUCGGAAGAGCAGCGUAUAACACGCCAUGGAAUUUCCGUGACGCAGACCGGUUGAUCUUUAGCGCUGAACGCAACCCGAAUCUGUCACGGCGGGAAAUCAUUGAGCGGUAUCUUACAUAUGCAGAGGAUCUGCAAUCGAAAUGGGAGUCCACGAAACCGCUGAGCGAGUCCCCUUACACAAUGGCCACAUCUGCGUUGCUAAAGCCGCUGUUGGCGCUCUUCAACGGCGAGAUCGGUGGAAAGGCAUUCAAACGUAGCAUCUCAGCUCAAUGGGCGAGAAAGGGUCCACGCCCAGAACUGCGCGAUAUGAUCGAAAAUGCCGUGAAGGUUUUGCCUGACGAGGUGCUGGAUGCGCGUGUUGAGGAUGAGCUUGUUGGUCAAGCAUGCCUUCAGAUGGACGAGGAACAAGCAUCAGACUGCUGCUAG